AUGGCAGUAGCAGCUUAUGCAUCUUUGGUUUCUCUCAUGGAUGUUCUCGACAAUGUUCAACAUCUUGGUCGUCGUCGACGGCUUCAUCUGGACAAGGAACAAAUCCAGAACUUGCAGGAAAAAGUUAAGUUACUGCAAGACUUCCUUGAAGUUCAUUCCCAAAGAAUAAGCCCAGAAAUGGAAAAUCUGGUCAGGCAACUUCUUGUUCUUGUAGAUGAUGCAGACGAUAUCAUUGACUUCCAUGUGGCGAAUCAACUUCGUGAAGAAUCUCAAGAUAAAAGUCUUCAUACGAUCGCCCUGACAUCCUUCUGUCAAUAUAUCGACAAAAUUAUCGAAAAGAUUGAUUCCAUCACUGAAAAAUUGAUGAUGGUUAAAGAGGAAUGGAUAGAUGUCCAAGAACAACAGCCCGAAGUUUCCAUGCCCGUGGGUUCUACAUCACUUCCUUAUAGUGAUGAGAAUACUAUGCUAGGAUUUGAUGAACGCUUACUUCAGGUGGUGGAUGAGCUUACUCGAGAUGAAUCUAAUCUACAGAUCCUCCCAAUCGUCGGGAUGGGGGGCAUUGGUAAGACAACUCUAGCUCAAAAUGCACAUGAUCAUCCAUAUAUUGUCAAUCGCUUUGAUAUACGCAUUUGGUUUACAAUAUCUCAACAAUAUAGCGUUCAGAAAAUUCUUCAAAAGUACUUCUUCAACGAUAACAAGGACAUAAUAGGUAGCACAGAUCAAUUAGGAGUAGCUGAAUUGGGAGAACGUUUGCACAAACUUUUAUUUGGUAAAAGGUAUUUGAUUAUUAUGGACGAUGUGUGGAGUAUCAAAACUUGGGAAGAUUUUAUGUUGUACCUUCCAAAUAAUGGGAAUAAAAGUCGAGUUUUGGUGACUACUAGAUUGUUGGAGGUGGCUCGUCCUUUAUGCUUUGACAACCAUUAUUUCACAGUGGAUUUUUUAGAUGAAGAUAAAAGUUGGGAUUUACUAUGUGGAAAAGUUUUUGCACAAAAAAGUUGCCCAUACCCAGAAUUGGAAGAAAUUGGAAGGGAGAUUGCGAAAGGUUGUCGUGGACUUCCUUUGUCAAUUGUUGUAAUUGGUGGGCUCCUUGCAAAAUCCAAUAAAACACGAGAAUAUUGGGGGUUUGUUGCAAAGAACGUAACCUCAUUUGUCAAUUAUGGAGAUGAUGAGUAUUGUUUAAAGAUAUUGUCUUUGAGUUACAAUAGCUUGUCAAUUCAUCUUAAACCGUGCUUUCUGUAUACGAGAGUUUUUCCUGAAGAUCAAGAAAUUAGAGCACCUGAGCUAAAAAAAUUAUGGAUCAGUGAGGGGUUCCUAAAACCAGUAGGAGGUAAAAGCUUGGAAGAAGCUGCGGAGGAAUACUUGAAGGAUCUUACUGACCGAAAUUUAAUUUUUAUUCGUAAAAGGACGCGUAGAGGGAAUAUAAGAACAUGUGGCGUUCAUGACAUUCUAAGGGAGCUAUGCUUUAGAGAAUAUAGCAAAGAACAUCUUAUUCGUGUCCCUAAAUCACAACGCAUUGCUUUUCAAGUACAACCCAAAUUUGAUUUCUGCUUCUUGUGUGGUCGCCUACCGGAUAGAUUGAAUAGGAUACAUCUCAAACAACUUGUCGGGUUGCGAUCAACAACAGUUGCCAGUUCUUUAGUGUGUGAAGCCUGUAAUAAUAUGUAUCCAGAUCUUAAUAGAUUAAGAUGGGUGAAGGUAUUCGACCUGGAUAAUGAUCAAUCCUUUGAAACAUUUCCGCAACACACAAAAUUGCGGUACCUUGCGGUCCAAGAUCAACAUGCUACCAUGGUGGAUUAUUUGCUUGAAUGGAAAAUUGUAUUUCCUAAUACAAUUUCUUUACUUUGGAAUCUACAAAUUUUGGAUCUUGAUCUAUUUUAUAUGGAUACUCAUACAUUGGUUUUGUCAUCUGAAAUUUGGGAGAUACCAAAACUCAGACAUCUCAAUGUUCAAAGUUUUAGGUUGCCUGAUCCACUAGUUAAUGAUUUGGAGGGGCAAGAUUUCACUAUUCUGGAAUACCUAAGUACACUGUCGUCAGAGGGUUUUAGGUGUAUCAAGGAGGUCGUUAAAAGAAUUCCAAAUCUGAAGAAACUAAAUGCUAGCUAUCGGAGCUACUCGGGGGAUGCUUCCGACUGUUCUCUUAGCAAUCUUGUGCAGCUCAAUAAACUUGAAUCACUCUCCUUAGAGUAUUACUCUCUCUUGGAGAACAUAACCUUCCCGACUUCACUUAAGAAGUUGAGUUUGUCAUACUGCGAAAUUCCUUGGAGAAAGAUGACUAUCAUUAGUUCUUUGUUGCCUAAUCUUGAAGUGCUUAAACUGAACAAUGCAUUCCGUGGGCAAGAGUGGGAUCCAAGUGAAGGGGAAUUUCUUCGACUCAAAGUGUUACACAUUUCGUUUUGUGAUUUGAUGUUGUGGGGAGCAGAGGACAUCCAUUUUCCAAAUCUCCAGUACCUUUCCCUUGAAGGUAUGUUUAAAUUGGAAGAGAUUCCUCUAAGUAUCGGAGAUAUAGCCACAUUGCAUUCCAUCCAUUUGCAAUUCUGCGGAGAGUCUGCUGUCAAUUCAGCAACGGAAAUACUGACGGAGCAAAAGGAAAACGGAAACGAGAGCCUGCAAGUUUAUGUGGAUGGAAAACAAGUUCACGUUUCUUUAUAG